CUGCGCGCCCGGUGUCCAUUACGCGCACUGGUCACACGGUACGGACUGAUCGGAGGAAAGAGAGGGAAAGUUUAGUGCAGACAGGCCGGUAUUUAAGAUACUUGAAGAGUAUGGGAUCGAUAGAUAUUUAUUGUGUUUAAAACAGAGUUUGGAAGGCAGGAGAGAGAAGGACCUGAAGUGCGUGCGUGCGCUCUAAUCUGGAUAACCGGAGUAUCACUUUACGCGCAGAGAUGGCGGUUUCGGGUUUGAGAAGUUUCGCGGUUUGGAUUUCAUUUCUGACGGGUUUUACGAUGGCCAGUUACUCAGAAGACCAGUGCAGCUGGAGAGGAAGUGGUCUCUCUCAAGCAGUCAAAAAUGUGGAGCAGGUUUGGUUGAGGUGUGCAGAGGGCUCGGUUGAGUGGCUGUACCCUGCCGGAGCCUUACGGCUCACUCUUUCACCCCGGCUGCCGUGGAGUGCCAUGGGUCCUGGCGAGUCCAGCAGCCGUCCGGUUUCAGUCUGCGUCAAGCCGGAUCAGCACUGGCGUGGGGCUCAACUCUACCUGGAGCGAGGUGGUGUCCUGGAGCUUCUGGUGGGAGAUGGGGAUGAGAAACCCAAUCCACAAGUGCGCUGCUUCAGUGCCAUGCCUGGAGAGCGACCGGCCCUCUUCCUACAGGCGACACCUCACCAAGACAUAAGCAGACGCAUAGCAGCGUUUCGCUACGAGCUGAGAGGGGAUUGGACAGCGCAGCUGUCAGUCAACACAGAUCCAAUCAGCAGCGAAGGAGUUUGCAGGCCGUGCAACAACACAGAGAUUUUAAUGGCCGUCUGCACCAGUGACUUUGUGGUUCGUGGAAACAUCCGGUCCGUUGAGACAGACUCGAAUCUGAAGGCGGCGGUGAUCAAAGUUAGCGCUACUCGGGUCUACAGACAGAAGUUUGCAUUGUUCCCCGAAUCGGGGCGUCUGACGCGGUCUGGAGAGAUUCGGACGGCGCUUCAGUGCGGCGUUCGGCCCGGACCCGGCAGCUUCUUGUUUACCGGCCGUGUGCACUUUGGGGAGGCGUGGCUUGGCUGCGCCCCACGUUAUAAAGACUUUCUGAAGGCGUACGAACAGGCCAAACAAUCCCUAAUGAUUCCCUGUACUCUGGUUAAUGACUGAUUGAAGUACCGUGAACAUGUUUGGAUGAAACUUGACUCACAGAAGAUUCAGCCGUAAAAUCGCGGCUGUGUGAGAAGCACCAUUCUCCUGAGGUUUGCUGAACGAAAGACAGAUGUUAAGGGUUAAUUGGAGGAAAAAACACUGGAUGGGAGAAGUGCUUUGGACUGUAGGGUUAUCAAGACCCGCUUUUUAACUCAGGAAGUUUUUCUUUGGACACUUUGUGGUAUGAAAAUAUAUCACUGAAUAUCCAAAGUCGACGCUGGACACGGUCAAACUUCGCCUGCGGGUUGAGGUUUUCAAUAAGCUGUACGCAGUGCAUGUAGCGCAAGUGUCUUUGCAGUAUUUAACGGCAACGAAAAACGAGAGUAUAUAUUUUUAAAUUCUCAUUUAUUUUUUAAAAUUUGCACUGAUAUGAAGAAGAGGACCGUGGCGAGAUAUGAACGCUGCAAGCACUGAGAACCAAAAUGGAUUUGAUUUUAUGUAGCAUAGCACAGGAAGAGAUUUCUAUAUAUGUAUAGAUCUAUAUAUAUAUAGUGAGAAAUAUAUAUUUCUAUAAUAUUGGAUGGUUUAUAUGCUAACACAUGAGAAAAGUAACAAAAAGAGAACAAAUAGUCAUAGCAUAUUAAUCAUUUCAUGGUUACAGAUAGCGGGUGCAGAUUACCUCCAACAUCACCUUUACUCUCCAUCAGUUAUGCAUUUACGUUUAUGGUUGUUCUGGUCUAAAAUCAUCAUACAUUGACAUUUACUUGAAUAAUUCAUGGUGGAGGAGGAAAAUCGGAGCACUACAUGCGUUUGAUGGUUUCAUUUUGGCGAUGUGGCAUUGACACGCUGUCCGUGAAACAUCAAGCACAUUAACUGUCACAUUAACAGGGUAUCCUCAUGGCUGGACUUUAUAUGUAGUUGAAUAUAUGUAUUUACGAAACAAUCUAUUAAGAUAAUUUAACUUUAAAGCUAAACUGCCAGAUGGUAUAGAGUCUUAUAACCAGAUUCUCUUACAUAGACGCUCAUGUUGUGAUCUUAUAGUGACUUUGCUGCUGAAUUUCACACACACUGACUUUCAUCUCAUUUUUCUGUUCAUCCACUUCAUCGUCUUUAUUUUGUACUUUUUUAAAACCAGUCCAUCAUCGAUGUUUGUGCACUAAACGAAUGAACAAAAAAGAAACCAAACGUGAGCGAACAGUAAUGCAAAGCUGCCAUAUUUUAUGCUGCCUGUGUGUGUUAAUGUCGAAACGUCUUUAAAAACCAAUGUGACUGCUGUAUGUAAAAUAUAUAUAUAUGUAUGUGUGUUUAAUGUGGAUAUGGAUGUAUAUAAGAUGUUUUAAAAAGAAGAAAAACUGGACAAAGAAAUAUUCUGUUAACAUUGUAGAGUUUGUAUGGAUGUGUGGAGAAAAAUAAAUUAUAAAAAGCAAAAAUCAUA